CACCACUUGUGUCUUAUUUCAUCACAUUCACCUUCAAACAUCAAACAUCACAUCUCUUAAAAGAGUUUCUUUGUAUCAAUGGCAGGUAUCAAAGUUUUCGGACACGCUGCUUCCAUUUCCACCAGAAGAGUCCUCCUCACCCUCCACGAGAAAAACCUCGACUUUGAGCUCGUUCAUGUCGACCUCAAGGACGGUGAGCACAAGAAAGAGUCUUUCCUAUCCCACAACCCUUUUGGUAAAGUUCCGGCCUUUGAAGAUGGAGACCUCAAAAUCUUCGAGUCAAGAGCUAUCACUCAGUACAUAGCUCACCGAUACGAAGGCCAAGGAACUAACCUUCUCCAGCCCGACUCCAAGAACCUGGCCCACUAUGCAAUCAUGGCCAUGGGAAUGCAAGUAGAAGCUCACCAGUUCGACCCACUGGCUUCAAAGCUUGCUUGGGAACAUGUAUUUAAGCUCAUCUAUGGCUUGACCACAGACCAAGCCGUUGUUGCCGAAGAAGAGGCUAAGUUAGCCAAGGUCCUUGAUGUAUACGAGGCUCGGCUCAAGGAGUUCAAGUAUUUGGCUGGUGACACUUUUACUUUGACCGAUCUUCACCACAUUCCUGCGGUUCAAUACUUGCUUGAAACUCCCACCAAGAAGCUUUUCACCGAGCGUCCACAUGUCAACAAGUGGGUGGCUGAGAUCACCAAGAGGCCAGCUUCACAGAAGAUCCUUCAGUGAGGAAUUUCUAAAAGGCUCUGCUUCAGUAACAGUAAUAAUGCUCAGACUAAAUAAGUGGCUGCUUCACUGCCCAAUUUCUCAUUAAUCUGUUUUUUCUUUCUCUGUUAUGUGUGUGUGUGUUCUUGAGAGAUCUUUGUUGAAUCAAAAACUAUCUAUCUAAUCUUUAAGCUCUUUUAUAAUAAAAAGGUUAGUUAAUUAAUACAAAGGUUGCAAUGUCUUAGCUGCAAUGUC